CUACAAAAAUAAAGCCCCUUUUGCGGUUUCAGACGCUCCAGUCUCGGAGGAGAAAGAAAGGGGAAGAGUCAGUCAAGAAGUGCAGGAUGUCAUCCUCGAAGAAGGGCAAAGCGCCGAAGAGGAGCGAAUCGAACCCUAACCUUAACUCCGCCAGAGCCGAGGAGACGGUGGCGGGCCCGUCGGUGUUUACCAUCGACGGGGCCGAGGAGGAUGAAGCCCUUCGCUUCUCGCGAUCUCUCACCCGGGAGGAGGUGCUUCGCCGUCGCUCACGACGGUUGAAGCAACUGGCCUUAUGUUAUAGACGCCAAUAUUGGGCCCUGAUGGAGGAGGUCCGGGUAAAGCACCGGGAUUAUUAUUGGGAGUACGGGGUUAGCCCCUAUGAGGGCGGGGAUAAGGAUGAGGAGGGGGAGGAGGUGGAGCAGGAUAAGGGUGAUGAGGAUAGCCGGAAGAGGGGACGGGCGGAGGAGAAUAGCGAGGAGAUGGAGGCCAGGAGGUUGGGGUUUCGGGUUCAAUUAGGGCUUGACGAAGGGGAGGGUGGCGCGGGGAACAUAGGCCACAGGAAGCGAUGUGCAUUUCCCGGAUGCAAGACAAAGGCGAUGGCCUUGACGAAUUAUUGCCAUCCGCAUAUUUUGUCGGAAAAGAGGCAGACGCUUUACAAGCCUUGCACUUUUGUAACAAAGAGAUAUGAAAAUGGUGAACCCAUUAUCUGUGCGAAGCCAAUUCUGGUAGCUGCUGUACCUUCUCUUUGCCACAUCCAUCUGCAGAAGUAUCAUAGGGCCAUAUCUCAAGCUUUCAGAAAGACUGGAAUAAACAUGCCCUCGGGCAGGCUUGUUCCUAAAAUUAGUGUUAUAGUUGCUGUAUCUGUAAGUCAUAUUCAAGCCAAAAGAAGAGAAGUAUUGAAGAACUCUUCUAAAGAUACUAUGGAUCAGAAGGAUGAGGAAAUUCAGAAGGGACAUAUAUGACUGAGACAGACUAUACUUUUGUUCAUCGGGUACAUUCUGGGUAUUACCGAAGGUAUUCUAACAAAUUUACUAAAUAAUGUCUACUUUCAGUAGUAAAGGGUUAUCAUUAGCUCUCCUUAGUUACGGAAAGAAUAAAGGAAAGCAUUUUUUCAUUACAUGGCGAAGGGUUGGGAUUGGAAACCAACGGGUUGUAAAUAACUUGAUGUUUCAGUGUUGCUCAUUUGAGUUUAAGACCACAAAUUCUAGAAGCAUGAUUGCAUAAUUCUGCGGUUUAGACUAUUAACAUUUGAUGUUCAAAGCAUUGCUUUUUUGGUAGAACCAGCUAAGUGUGUUAUUAUUGUCCAUCAAACAUUUGAUGUUGCAUCUGUUAAUUAUUUUUUAUUUGAUGACUAUGCUUUCAUUCGAUGUUUU